AUGUUUGUCGUCGGCGCGGGCCUCUCCACCCUCGAGACCGCUGCCGACCCGUUCUUGGCCAUCUGCGGCCCUCCGAAAUGGUCCGAGGUCCGACUUAACCUUGCGCAAGCUAUCCAGGGCGUCGGCGCGUUCGUUGCGCCACUCCUUGCUUCGCGAGUCUUCUUUGCCCACACCAUCGAUACGGACCAAGGUCUCAAGAACGUUCAAUGGGUCUACCUCGGCGUCGCGUGCUUCGUCGGCCUUCUCAUCAUCCUCUUCUUCUUCGCGCCCUUCCCCGAGAUUACCAACGCCGACAUGAACGCCCAGGAGCACGCCAUGACCGAAGUCGACCCCGGUCCGUUGCGUAAGCAGUACAACCUGUUCCUCGCCGUGUGGUCGCAGUUCUGCUAUGUUGGCGCCCAGGUUGCCGUUGCCACCUAUUUUAUUCCCUUUUGCGUCGAGACCGGUCGUAGUGACGCUACAUCCUCGGAUCUACUCGCCGUCGCCCAGGGCCUGUACGCCCUCAACCGCUUCAUCGCCGGCGGCUUGAUGACCAUCCCCGCCGUCAAGCCCCGCUACGUCCUCGCCGUCUACCUCGCCCUGUGCUUCGUCUUCGUCGUCGCCGCCAUGAACACCACCGGCACCGCGUCCAUCGUCAUGCUCACCUUUGUUCUCUGCUUCGAGUCCGCCUGCUUCGCCACCAUCUUCACCCUCGGACUGCGCGGUCUCGGUCGUCACACGAAGCUGGGUGGCUCUCUCCUGGUCGCCGCCAUCUCCGGUGGGAUGGUGUUCCCCCAUGACCGGCGCCGUGACCGAUAA